AUGUUCCGACGCGCCUUAACCGCCGCCUCAUCAGCGCGCGCACCCCCAAGCACAGUAGCAAGCGCCUCCAGCAAGCUACCACUCACCCGCCCAUCAUGGGACCAUGUACGCGCACCUCGCAAACAGCCUGAAACGCUCCUCAAUCGCAUCUCGAAUACAAAAAGCAAAGCAAAACUAACAGCCAAACCGCACCAACAGAGUCCCAGCACCACCCGCCUCUUCACCACCACCCCGUUCACAGCCUUCACAGCAUCACCACCAACCAAAGACCCCUCACCAUUCCGCCUCUCCGCAAACAAAACCUACAAAUCCCCACCGCCCUCCUUCGAAGAUGCAUACUACAGCCCUUACCAGCCAAAGCGCCAAUGGCCACCGGAUAUGUCGAAGCUGUCCCCGAAACACCAGUUCCGGCUUGAGCGCAAGUACCGUCGUCGCGCGGCGCUGAAAUAUGCCCGGCCGACGUUUAUGAAGGCUACUCUGAUUGGACAGUGGGUUGUUAUUGGAUUUGUCAUUAUCUAUGCCGUGCUAUUCAUGGAGUGGGAGUCGGAUAAUACUCCAUUCCAUGGGAUUCGGGAUAGCUUCUUCGCUGGUCUCCGAUCUAUAUUCUCCAGCGCACCGCCUCCUGGUCAGAGAAGGGAUCAGAAGGAUAAUGCAGUGUCAGAGGAGAGCUCAUAG